UUACCGAUUACGAUCGUGUUUGUGUUUGUGUCGUUAAUUUUUCUCUGCUUUCUUUUCAUUAUAACUUCUCCGAAGUCCGAGUUGAAACUUAGAAGUAUAAAAAACAAUAUUUAGUGAGAUUUCAAAGAAUUUUUAAUCGCAAGGAUGACGGAGGUUCAGCUGCAAGAGUUCAAACUAGAGCCAGAUUCAGAACUUAGGUUUGAAGUGGAAUCUAAAAACGAAAAAGUAGUUUUAGAGGUGAAGAGUGGUUAUGCGGAGCUUUUUGGCACAGAACUCGUGAAAGCGAAGCCAUAUGAGUUCCAUACGGGUGCGAAAGUGGCUGUGUUCACGUGGCACGGCUGUACUGUGGAGUUAAGAGGCAAAACAGAAGUCAGUUAUGUGGCUAAAGAGACUCCCAUGGUUGUAUACCUCAAUGUCCAUGCAGCUCUUGAGCAGCAAAGGGUGGCUGCAGAACAGGAGUCCACUCGAGGUCCAGUCACCAUGGUGGUGGGGCCUGGAGAUGUGGGCAAGUCCACUCUUACCAGGAUACUAUUGAAUUAUGCAGUGAGGAUGGGACGGAGGCCCAUCUAUGUAGAUCUAGACGUUGGCCAGGGACAUAUCAGCGUACCGGGUACUAUAGGGGCACUCUUGGUAGAAAGACCAGCAUCAAUAGAGGAGGGCUUCAGUCAGCAGGCCCCACUGGUGUAUCACUUCGGCCACAGUUCUCCGGGAGAGAAUCUCGAACUGUACAACACUAUUGUGGGCAGACUAGCUGAGGUGAUAGCUGAGCGAUGUGAGAAUAAUAAAAAAGCAUCGACAUCAGGAGUAAUCAUCAACACUUGUGGGUGGAUUAAAGGAGACGGAUAUAAGGUGCUCUCACACGCCGCUCAAGCUUUUGAGGUGGACGUGAUCCUAGUAUUGGACAAUGAGAGGCUUUACAACGAGCUCAAGAGAGACAUGCCCAAGUUUGUCAAAGUCGUCUAUUUACCAAAGAGUGGAGGUGUUGUAGAGAGAUCGUCGACGCAGCGCGCCGAGGCCCGAGACGCGCGCAUACGCGAGUAUUUCUACGGCAAACGUACGCCAUACUACCCGCACUCGUUCGAUGUCAAGUUCAACGACUUGAAGAUCUAUAAGGUGGGUGCGCCGUCGCUGCCGGACUCGUGCAUGCCGCUGGGCAUGCGCGCGGCGGACGCGCUGACCAAGUUGGUGCAGGUGUGGCCCACGGCGGCGCUGCAGCACCGCCUGCUGGCCGUGUCCUUCGCGGCCGGGCCCGACGACGACGUGCUGCACUCCAACCUCGCUGGGUUCGUCUGCGUCACGGCGGUGGACAUGGACCGUCAGACGCUGACGAUCCUGUCCCCGCAGCCGCGGCCGCUGCCCGCCACGGUGCUGCUGCUGUCGGAGCUGCAGUACAUGGACAACCACUAGUCCGUGCUCUUUGGCCCGCGCCUGCGUCACGCCUUCUGCAACAUCUCGCUCACUCAUUGAGCGGGCUCUUCUAGUGUGCUCUUUUUCUCGCAAAGGUUCGUUACGGUGACUUAGAAAGCGAUGAAAGGUGAAUGAAUCAUUAUUAUCGUCAUGUCAGUCACAAGACGUGCACUGGAGCCUUAGUACGAGUUUGCUUUACGUUCAACGAGAUCGAAACGAGAGAGCUGAUUGGUUGGUUCAUUCGGUUGGCCAAUCAGACCACCGUACGCGCUCUCGUUUCGAUUUUGUUAAACGUAAAGCAAAGUCGUACUAAGGGUACUGGUAGACGUAAGCCUCUGCCGGAGAUUUCUAGAUCGGUCGGUUUGGCUUGGUUUAGACAUCAUUAUAAAUGUGGCUAAAAUAACGAUAUGAAAUGGUGUCUUCGCCUUCGUAAUUUUCUAUGGAAACAAUAUUAUUUGUCGGAUUAUGGAUUAAACAAAAUGUUGAUGUAAUAAUAUUUGCCAGUAUGGAUUACCUGAUUAUGCAAUUAUUUGAUGAAUUCUGUAUGCCAUUAAGGAUCUUAUGUUUUUUAUGAAUUAAUUAUAUUAUAAUGUGUGUGUAAAUUAAUUUUAUUUGUGUGCUAUGGAUUUAUCAAACCAAAGAAUAAAUGAUGUUUUUAAUAAAUUAAAAACUUUUCCAGAAGACUGGUAACAUUGUCAUAUAAUAUAUUAAUUUAUUCUUAUAAUCAAAUUUACAUGUUUCCCUGUUAUUUGUUAGGAACUAACUUUCGACCGAAAUGAGAAAAGAGCACAUUAUGAUAGUUACAUUGCGUUACGCAGCCGAGAGUCAAACGUGUACCCUUGGUGAUGUGAUAUGUGACAGAUCUCCAGAUCUAAAAACUGACUGUACAUAUAUUUAAUGUAGACAUUUUAACGAAUAAUAUUAAAAGACUGUUGUUUUAAAACGACCAUGUAAUGUAAUUCUAAUAAAAGAUGAUAUGUAGAAA